AUGACUACAGUAUCACAAGCGAUUCCCGACUCGUUUAAUAAUCGGGCGCUGUCUCCAAACAUCUCUUCACACUCUCUCGAGCAUCUUGUCAAUUACUUUGGAUCCCUCGACUCUAAAAGUUUUCUUGACCAGCCAAUUGAAGCUAACCUCUCUCACGACGACUCUCCAGAGAUCAACAACCUGGAUCUUCAGCUUGAUUGCAAGAGGUUGGAAGAAACAAACAGCAUUCAAAUGUCUCCCGAGGACUUACAGACAAAAAACAUCAACAAAAGGAACCCAAUUGAGCAGCAAGUGUUGCCCAAGAAGAGCCUUGGACCUCACAGGGAGAAGUGGUACAAAAGAGCCUUCUCCAGCAGGUUUGCAACCUGGGCCGCAGACAAACAGCCAGCAGAAGAAGAGACACGGCUUGUAUCUGGAUUGAGCUCCGCUACUGGCAAUUUAAAAGAAGAGACACCUCAGUCUCAGGAGAAAUUGAGAGCACUUACACUUCCUCAUCCUCCUCACUUCAUGCCUACGAAAUCCCGUUCCCUUGGUGGAUCCCGCUCGUUUGCUGGAAAAGCUCUCACUUCACUCUUCCUCAAAGAAAGCCCCUUGCAUGGCUCUCCCUUGGAAAAUUCUGUGUUUCUGCCCCAUACUCAUGCUCCUAGUGUGAGCGACUUCCCCUCUAUCAAGGACGUCGAGGACUUGACCGAGGGCUUCGCUCAGUAUUCGACGCUACCAGAGCAGUGGAACGGAUACAAGAAUCCCGAAAUGACGUCUGAACCAGAAAAGUCGCCGCCUCCAAGAACGAGAUGGGCCCAGUGGAAGAAGGCGAGAAAGAGAGGCAUUCGAGAGCUCAAGGGCCAUCUCAAGCUGAGCUUGGCGCAGGGGAAAAAAAGGUCGAUAUUGGGGCUCAGAGUAAGGUUUUUCGCUCCCAGUGGUUUUCCUGAGAGCAAUUCUGGGGUGAUUAUUUCAACUGAUGAUAAGGUCGUGGGACGAGUUCAGUCUCCUUAG